UUGGUAGUGCAAGCUUCAAAAGAAAUUUAUAAUGGAAAUAAGAGGGAUACAUCCAUGAAGUCAAAGGAGGGAAAAAAGAUGACGAUGAGUUGGAUUCUUUCUGUCAUAAUUUGAUUUGUUUCUGAGUUUUACUUGUCAUUGUGAUGAAGUUGUGUUAUCAAAUCCAUUUAAAUAAUAGAAGCGGAGGUUAAAUAGAAAGCAAUUCAUUUUUUUUAUUUUUCUUUUUUUGUUUAAAAAUGUGGUCUAUAGAGAGAGAGAGAAAGUAAGUUGCUGAACGAGAGGAGAAAAAGAGAAAGGGACAGAGAGUCUGGGAGAAGAGUAAAAAAGCUUCUUUCUUUCUUUCUUUCUUUUUUAUUUUUAUUUUUAUUUUUUUAUUUUAAAAAUCUGAAGGCAAAAUGAUGAAAUUUUCUUUAAUGCUGUUUAAUUUUUAUAAGUUGAAUCUUGACCAACCUACUUCUCAUGUUAUCUUGCGGAUGAUUGUACAAAUAGGACCCUACAUCGUAAAAACUGAACUCAUCUCUUGUUGCAUCUGAACUCGCACUACUAUCCUCCCCAGUUAUUGCUAUUAGUUUACAAUUUGAUUAUUUUGAUGAUCUGACGAUAUAUCCCAUGUUCCUUUUGUUUUUGUUUACUUCUUUUUCUACAUUAUCCAUAGAACGUUUACCAUUCCCUGCGAAUUCUAUUUAUAAUGGGUGUUACACUAUUACCUUCCAGCAUACUUCGAUUAUUAAGCUGCUUAACUGUACAAUCUCAGGAUGGAGCAGAGGUUGAAAAAUGCCGCCGAAGAGGGAAAUAUUGAUGCGUUGUAUGCACUGUUUCAGGAGAAUCCUUACAUAUUGGAGGACAUUGACCGGAUCCCAUUUGUUCAUACUCCUCUACAUAUAGCAGCAUCUGCUGGAUGUACCCAUUUUGCUGUUGAAAUGAUUAGCUUAAAACCAUCAUUUGGUAGGAAGUUAAACCCAGAUGGCUUAAGCCCUUUGCAUUUAGCACUGCGAAAUGGGCAUACUGAGACCGUGAUAAGGCUCGUAAAUAUUGACAGCGAGCUCAUCCGUGUCCAAGGGAAGGAGAGGAUCACUCCUUUGCAUCAUGUAGCUGCAAGAAAUGAAUUCAAUCUAUUGGCUGAAUUUCUAUGUGCUUGCCCAGCAUCCAUCAAUGAUUUGACAGUACGAGGAGAGACUGCAGUGCAUAUUGCCAUGAGAAAUGGUAGUUUAGAAUCUUUUAAAGUCCUUUUGGGAUGGCUUCAUAAAUUCAACAAUCAAGAGUUGCUAAACUGGAAGGAUGAGGAUGGCAACACAGUGUUGCAUAUUGCAGCGUCCACUAACCAACUCCAGGUUGUGAAGUUGUUAAUCAGCAAUAAAGUGGACAAAAUUGCAAGAAAUUUGGAGGGUAAAACUGCACUUGAUUCAUCUGAAGGAAAUGAAGAGGUCAGAAACAUUUUAGUCCGCGCAGGAGCUUUAAAAGCUUCAAUCCCUCCUAAAUGUACGAGUCUUGCACAUUUUAUGAGUUCUGUAAAGCUCUAUAAAAAAUUGUUGUGGCUUGUUCCUAAUAUGCAUAAAGGUUUGUCAAGUGACAUGCACAAUGCGCUACUGGUUGUUGCUGUGCUUAUUGCAACUACCACCUAUCAAAUUGUACUCAAUCCUCCCGGUGGAUUCCAACAAGGUGAAAACAAUCCCACCAUUUUUAUUCUCAAUCAUACUGCCAUAGAUUAUAUUCCUACCAACUCUACUGCUAUCAAUGGCACUGCUAACAACAGAACUGCAAUGCCGGACCGUGCUGGGACGAUAGUCCUGUCUGGAUAUAAAUUCGAUAUGAUAAAUUUUUGCAACUCAGCUGCAUUUGCUGUCGCAGUUGGAGUGCUUGCUCUUGCCCUCCCUCUGACAUAUCAUAGUAAACUAUUGGGAUAUUCUCUAAUAUUCCUGGCCAUUAGUUAUAUGUAUAGUAUGUCAUUAAUAUUACAAUCUGGAGUUUCUUUCUGUAUCACAUAUGGUGCAUAUCUGUUUUUGGUGUUGAUUAUUGUAACGAGGCAGUGGGUUAUCAAGGGGGAACGCAGAAUCUUUGGAAGGGUGCCGCUGUGCAGGUUCAAUCCCUCUCACUAUGUUGAGAUGAGACGCGAAUUGGUUGGUUGGUGAAACAUGGAGUGAGUGGUGGACACAGCAGAUGAGCCAGCAUGCACCAACAUGGAUAUGUCAACCUC